CCCCUGCGACACAACUCGCAACAACCAUGCGCCAGUUGGCAGCGAAGUUGUGGCAGCAUGUAUUCUCUCCUAUUGCUUGUGUGAUAAGUUAGCGAAUGCUAUGUUAACGACAGUGAGGUGAGUAUCUGCUAAAGUUUGACUUAGCAAAGGGACAGAGCAGGGUGGCGGUGAGCGCCGCGGAGCCUCUUAUCUGUCGGCUGCGAGUGUGACAGCACAGUGGGACUGCCAUGUAGUUAUAGGAAGAAGAAUGACCAGUCAGCAGCACACUUCAACAGAAGGGACGGACGACUACACGGACCAGCAGGAAAAUGAGCUAGAAGCUCUCGCGUCUAUCUUUGGAGAUGAUUUCCAGGACCUGCGGAACAAGAAUCCUUGGAAGGUUAAAAGACCUCCAGAGGUGCAUCUUUGCCUGCGGCCCAACGGGCUAAACAAUGGACAGGAAUGCUACGUGACUGUGGAUUUGCAGGUCAAAUGCCCCUCCACAUACCCUGACGUGCCUCCAGAGCUGGAGCUGAUUAAUGCCAAAGGUCUAUCAAAUGAAAACCUCCAGAACCUUCAGAGUGAAAUCACCAGGCUGGCUGCAGCACGAUGCGGGGAGGUGAUGAUUUAUGAGCUAGCAGACUAUAUCCAGGGCUUCCUGAGUGAGCACAACAAGCCCCCGUCAAGCUCCUUCCACGAGGAGAUGCUGAAGAACCAACGCAGACAGCAGGAGAAGCGAGCCCAGGAGGAGCAGCAGAAGAUGGACCAGCGGCGCAAGCAGGAGGAGGAGAUGGAAAAAGAGAUCAUGGCUGAAAUCCAAAGAAGAGAAGAGGAGAAACGAGAGGAAAAGAGAAGAAAGGAGAUAGCCAAACAGGAGCGACUUGAGAUUAUGGAGCAGCCAGUCCCUGCUAACGGCUCCAUGUUAGGGAGGAGCCCACCCAGCCCGGGUGGAGCUACUCCUGAACUAAUAGAAGUCAAGAAAUCAGCCGCUAACCGCCGUCGAACUGCCUCAAAUACACGCCACAGACGUGACACGAUUAAUGAAGACAACCCUCGCUCCCAAGAGCUACUUCACUUCUACAGCAGCACUUUUGGAGAACUUGUUGUCCAUAGAGGGAAAAGCUUAGGUGUAAGCGAGAGGCUCCGCCGUAACGUUUAUUAUGGAUUUGAGGCAAACUCAGGGGACUUUGCUGUGAUCUACGAGUGGUCGCUACGCUGGAACCAGAAGUUGGGCAAAUUAUUCACCACCCAGGAGAAAGGAAGGAUUGAGAACUGCAAAAAGCUGAUCCACGGGGCAGAAAAUGAGUUCAACUCCCUCCUGCGGCUGGAUCACCCGAACUUGGUGCACUACAUGGCUCUGAGCUCCAUUGAGAAAGAGGACUGCCUCAUGGUUAACCUGCUGGUGGAGCAUGUGCCCGGCAUCAACUUGACCAAAAUCAGCCACACUUUGGUUCCUUUGGAUAAACUGUGCCACUACACGGCCCAGCUGCUGGCUGCUCUUGACUACCUUCACUCCAACUCUGUGGUCCACAAACAGCUGGGGGCCUCCAGCGUGCUGCUGGACUCCAAGGGCGACGUCCGACUGACUGAUUACAGCUUAUCAAAGAGGUUUGCUGACAUCUGCAAAGAGGACAUUUUUGAGCAAGCCCACGUGCGUUUCUCAGAGGAUACGAUGAUGCCCAUGAAAACGGGCAAAAAAGGGGAUGUGUGGAACUUGGGGCUGAUGUUGCUGGCUCUGAGUCAGGGGAAAGAGGUGCAGCAGUAUCCAGUGACAGUGCCAGCCAGCCUGCCUGCUGACUUCCAGGAUUUCCUCCACAAGUGUGUGUGCCUGAAUGAUGCUGAACGCUGGACAACCCAGCAGCUUUUAGACCAUUCCUUUCUUAAGCCUCCAUCGCCUAAAAACCUGCCACGGCACCAGGAGACCAGCCCAGAAGAUCCCGCCGUGGACUUUCCAUCAUCAGUCAUCCCACAAAGCCACAUCCUCAACGGUCCAUUCAGCUCCGGGGUGCUGAGACAGUUUUCUCGCUACUUUAAUGAGUUUGAGGAACUCCAGCUUCUUGGAAAAGGAGCAUUUGGGGCUGUUAUUAAGGUCCAGAAUAACCUAGACGGCUGCUACUAUGCUGUGAAGCGCAUCCAGGUCAACCCGGCUAGUAAACAGUUCAGAAGGAUCAAAGGCGAGGUGACGCUGCUCUCGCGCCUUAACCAUGAGAAUAUUGUCCGCUACUACAAUGCGUGGAUUGAGCGGCAUGAGACGCCGUCGGGAGGGGUGCUGAGCAACACCGACAGCUCUGAGCCUUUAAGCACUGCCGACAAGCCUCCUCAAUGCAAAGAGCCUCGGCAGAGCAUCAACGAGCUGGGCCUCGCUGACAACGCAGAGGACAUCGCUCCACCUCCAGCUCUGUCGAGCUCGGUGGAGUGGUCCACCUCCAUCGAGAGAUCCUCCAGCGCCAAAUGUACCAGACACCAGUCGAGUGAUGAAGAUGAUGACGACGACGAAGAAGAUGUGUUUGGGGCCUCUUUUUUGCCAUCAGACAGUGACUCAAGUAGUGACAUUAUCUUUGACAAUGGCGAUGAAAGCACGGACGAGGUUGAGCCAAGCAAAAUGCCUGUGAUCAACACAACAGAGAGCACAGACUCCGAUCGACCCAUUCUAAUAGCACAUCACUUGUACAUACAAAUGGAAUACUGUGAAAAGAGCACUUUAAGGGACACAAUAGAUCACGGCCUGCACCAGGACCAGAAUCGGUUAUGGAGACUCUUCAGAGAAAUACUGGAUGGCCUGGCUUACAUCCACGAGCAGGGCAUGAUUCACAGGGACUUGAAGCCUGUCAACAUCUUCCUUGACUCACAGGACCAUGUGAAGAUUGGAGACUUUGGCCUGGCGACAGACCAUCCUGCUAAUGUGGCUGCUGGUAAAUUUGAAGUGGAGGAGGGUGGCUCAGCAGUGAUGCCCAAACCAGACCCAACAGGUAACAUGACAGGCAUGGUUGGUACUGCGCUUUACGUCAGUCCCGAGGUUCAAGGAAACACCAAAGCCACCUACAACCAAAAAGUGGACCUGUUUAGCCUGGGCAUCAUCCUGUUUGAGAUGUGCUACCGGCCCAUGACCACGGGGGCCGAGCGCAUCUCUGUCCUGAGCCAGCUACGUGUGGAGCCCAUGGUCUUCCCUGAGGACUUCACUGCGUAUGAGCAAGGAACACAGAGGAAAGUGAUAGAGUGGCUGUUGAAACACGACCCGGCCCUGCGGCCCACGGCCCAGGAGCUGCUGAAGAGUGAACUGCUGCCUCCACCACAGAUGGAGGAAUCAGAGCUGCAUGAGGUGCUGCAGCACACCAUGGCCAAUAUAAACGGCAAGGCUUACCGCAACAUGGUGGGUCAGCUGUUUGCCCAGAACACCUCUCCGGUCAUGGAUUACACCUACGACAUAGACCUACACAAGGGCAGCUUCAGCUUUAACAGUGCCAAAUUGCAGCAGCAUGUGUAUGAAACAAUCACCAGGAUCUUCAAGAAGCAUGGUGCAGUGCGUCUGCAGACACCGCUGCUCCUCCCCAGAAACAGGAAGUUGUAUGAUGGCAGCGAGCUGGCCUGCUUCAUGGACCACAGCGGAAUGCUGGUUACACUGCCCUAUGACCUCCGCAUGGCGUUUUCAAGAUUCGUCGCUCGCAAUAAUAUAACUCAUCUGAAGAGGUAUAGCAUUGAACGCGUAUUCCGCCCCAGGAAGCUAGAUCGCGCGCACCCAAGGGAGCUUCUGGAGUGUGCCUUUGACAUCAUCACACCCGUUUCUAACAGCCUGCUCCCGGAUGCCGAGACCAUUUACACCAUUUAUGAAAUAGUCCAGGAAUUCCCCGUGCUCCAGGAAAGGAACUAUAACAUUUACCUGAACCACACCAGCUUGUUGAAGGCCAUCCUGCUCCACUGUGGAGUCCCUGAGGACAAACUGAGCCAGGCUUCCACGAUACUGUGUGACGCCAUGAGCGAAAAGCUGACCAAACGUGAGGUGGAGGCAAAGUUCUACAACUUUCCCCUGUCAACCAACAGUUUGCAGAUGCUGUUCAAAUUCAUAGAACAGAAGGGGAAUCUUCAGGAUCUGGCGCCACUGCUGACAUCACUCACCAAACAGAAAACCGCUGUCACCCAGCUGGCCAAGCAGGGCCUCAAGGACCUGGAGGAGCUCACAGUGCUACUGCGUAGACUUGGAGUUAAACUGCAGGUGGUGGUUAACUUAGGCCUAGUAUACAAGGUGCAGCAUCACUCUGGGGUCAUCUUCCAAUUUGUGGCUUUCAUCAGGAAACGCAAGCGAACUGUUCCGGAUAUAGUGGCUGCUGGAGGACGCUACGACCACUUGAUCCUGGAGUUUCGAGGGCCAGCUUCCACAGUGCCGGUGCCCUCUGCAGUUGGGGCCAGUGUGGCCCUGGACAAAGUCUGUGCUGCUAUAGCCAACAUGGAGGAGCCACCAUCAGUGAGCUCCUGCGAUGCUCUGGUAGUCCCCGUGGGGCACUCUUCAAUGUCCAGAGCCAUCAAUGUUGUCCAGAAGUUGUGGAGCUCCGGCGUCUCUGCAGAUAUUGCCUACGAUGUAUCACAGUCUCAGGAGACGUUGAUGGACCACUGCAGGCUGGCUGGCAUCAACUGCAUGGCCCUGGUCUCUGACAAGGAGGGACACUAUGUGAAGGUCAAAUCCUUUGAGAAAGACAGACAGUCUGAGAAACGGAUCCCUGAGUCGGACCUGGCGGACCACAUCAUUCAGAAGUGUCGGACCAAAUUCUUUGAGGAAAGAAACACCAGAGAAAUCUCUGAAAGCAUGUCGCAGAACCCUAAAGGAUCACUGUUCAACACCACAGGCUCUUCAGAACAGCACGGGAACACUGGCAGCAUGAAUGUGAACGUCAUCAGCCCGGAUAAAGUUUCUUCCAAUGCUAGACGACGCUAUGAGACUCAGAUCCAAACCAGAUUACAGAAUCUUGGUAGCAAUUUGCAGAACAAGAGCAAUGACAUUGAGGUUCUGGCAGUGGACUUGCAGAAGGAAACGCUGAUCAACUUCCUGUCUCUGGAGUUUGACAGCGAAGAGCAGUUCAACAGCAGUGUGAAGACUCUGCUGUCUCGUCUCCCCAAGCAGCGCUACCUGAAGUCCAUCUGCGAUGAGAUCCACCAUUUUAAAAUGAUCAAAAAGGUUGCUGUGGUGGUGUUGUACAGCUACAAGGACGACUAUUACAAGAUCCUUCUCUGAAGACCAGGGGGUUCCACUGGCCUGGGAGAUGUCCCGCUCAGCUUGACGCUCAGUGUGCUCCCAGAGACUGUUUUCAACCUCGGACCUACAGAAUCUGCUCAAAGACUUACAGUAGUGUGUCUUUUUGGAAAGCAAGAGCCUCAACGGCAUGAGGUGUGUGCGUGUGUGUGCGUGCGCUUUUUUUUUUACCAUGUUAAAUAGUAAUUCAGCUAUUUGACCCCAAAUCCAGAGCUUUCCCAAAACCUUGCAGUGUUUUGUAGUCUUUCUCAAACAACCAUGGACAACUUGACUUUAUUGCCUUAAUAGAAGGUGAAAGAGAGAGAGCUUUUUACUGAAGAUUAUGUUGCACAAAGGCAACAAUUUAACAUGUCUAAUUGGCAACGGGAUGGACGGUAGGAAUAAAUCACCUUUUCCCACAUGAAGCUGUAAUUUGUGUCCGUUUUAAUUGUACGUGUGAGUACAAUACAGCCGUUUGCAGCCUCAAACUCGGUUGGAGGCACACUUCCCUAAAGUGCAGUGAUGUCAUUCAAGAUGGUAUCUGUUAGUGGUUUUUAACUUCACUAGCAGAUUUGUGGGCUCAUGCACAUCUGGUCCUGGAAUUCUGCUCCAAAUGGGACUUUGUCUUCUCUUCGUUGCUUUAAAUCUGAUAGCUUGUCCUCGUUCUCUUAUUACAGUAGCACUUGCAGAUGUGUUUAGUAGAUUGUUUCUGAGGGGGGUCUUCUGAGAUUUGAGUGCUAGAGAAACCAAGUAGACCUCAUCAAUCCAAUAGGCUAAAAACAAAACAAAAAAAAACACGAAUACAUGCAGGCCAGGCGUGCUGGAAAUCGGGAUAAUCCUCAGUGCAGACUGUGCUGUUGUUUUGACUUGUCCGUCAAAGCUUGCUCAUAAACUUCAAGGUGAGACAGCUUCUCCGGAAGGAUCAAUAAAGUCAACAUAAAGAUCAGUUUCCCAGGCAUGGAUAUAUCAAACACUGGAGUAGACAAUGGCCGGUUACUGGUUUUAAGGAAAUGUCAGUUUCAAAACCACUACAAUUUUCUGUCAUACCGUUCUGAAGGUACAAGCUGUUUCCUAUGAGUACAAGAACAGAAAGUGCAGUUUAGAAAUCCCUCUUCCUGCCAUUGUGCAGUGUGUUUAAAAUUAAAAUACAUUGUGUUCAAUAGAAAAAAGUAUUUUUUACCCUGACAUUUAAAAACUGCUACAUUUAUAGUUGUUGUAGCAAUACCGUAAUACAGUGAUAUUUUUGCUGAAGGUUAUCAUACUUUCAGAAUUUCAUACCGGUCUAUGCCUACACUGCAGCAUAAAGCCUUCGGAAUACUCCAAAGUAGUGAAAUUUGACUUUUCACAACACCCCAAACGUUCCCAACCCCUGUCUUAACUGAGUAAUAACUGGAUCCAUAAGUAAAAUAAGUUGCAAUAAAGAUAAGCAUUAGCUUGUGAGGUUAUUCUCAAUAUGCAGACUGUCAAUUAUUAGUACCAUCUCUGCGGGCCACUUUGGUUCACACAUUUAUUUUUCAAAAUAAGUGUACAUGUUACAGUUCAUCAUCUAGGAAACAUAUUUACAGGUUUUUCAACAUUGAAAUAAAUAAGGUUGUAUAGAAUAUAGCAGAUAGAAAUGGUAAAUAGUCUACAAUGUACAGCAGCUUUGGCUACCAAAAGUUCAACAAAAAAAAAUCUCAAACUAUAGUAUUAAUAAAUAAAGCUAUGUGAAAAAAUAAAUAAGGUACUCUUCUGUCCUACUAAUUUAAACUACUUUUUUUUACACAUAGAAGAACAAAGAAUUGCGUAUGCUUUUACAGUCGCCUCUUCAUUUUAAAGCACAUGGUCAUGAUUCAAACAGACACAUAUCUACUGAGCUACUAAAACACUUCAAUAUGAAUUGGUGUCCAACCAAUUUUGGCAUCAGAAAGGUCUUUGUAUUGAGAAAUUGGCAAUGGAUUGAGAACACUGAUCCAAAACAUUUUCUUAUGAAACCCCAGUUUGUUUCGUAAUGCUUCUCAGAUUCUAUUCCCCCCCCCCCCGCCGUACUGAUCAGAUUGGUACGGAGCCUCUAGCUGCAACAGCGUGUUCACUUGAGUGGUUUAACAUCUCCGUGGGCUUAAUAUGCCUAUCAAAUCCCUGAUUAGGGACUUUAUCCCUACAAGAAUCCUGCAGGGAGCUUUCU